AGUAGAAGUUUUCAGACGUGUCACUGCUGGAUGUGAGGAUGGGAGCCACUUUGCUCUGUGAGCUGGGCCUAUUCUUUUCUGUCUUUACUGUAGUGCUCUGUACGCUCCUCUGUACUGGACACGCUCAAGAUGCUGUGCUAACUAUUGAACCCAGCUGGUCCAGUUUAUUUUUCAUUGGAGAGUUUGUUACCUUCAAAUGUGACAUGAAUGAAGGAAAAGACACUGACUGGAAAUACAAAAUCAACAAGGAUGGUCAAGACUUUUUCUCCUACAGGAUAAACAAAGACUACAAAUUAAAAAUGACAUCUACAGGUGACAGUGGUGAAUAUCAGUGCUUUGGUCUCAGGAUGAGCUCACGUGAUACAAAGAAAAGUAAUACUGUCUCUAUAUCUGUAUUAGCAGAUAAACCCAGAGCCACACUGACAGCAGGAACAACAAUCAUACCAGUAGGGGGCAGUGUGACACUGACCUGCUCUGUGCAGAGCUCUGAUGGAUGGAAAUAUGAGUGGUUCACAAACCAAAGAACCUCUGAAUUUCCAAACAGAGAUCAACAAAACAGAGAUAUCAGAGUAUCUCACGGAGGAAUCUACAGCUGCAGAGGAACAAGAGGAAACCCAGAUUACUACACUGAUAUCAGUGAUGAUGUCAUCAUUGAUAUAACCUGUGAGUUCAGUAAUUUAGUUUGAAAUAUACAUUCACUCAUGAUUAUCAAACAUACAAUGUUAAGUUUUCUGUGUUGAUUUCAUGUUUCUAUUUGUAUCUCAACUGUUAAUGUGUGUAAACAGUUUCCAUUAAAGUUGUUGUAAAACAACA